AUGGUCGGCCGUACAUUACUUUCCGUUGCCAUCGUUGGUGGAGGCCCCGGUGGGCUAGGAACCGCCAUUGCUCUAUCCCAACUUCCAUUCCUCCAAGUAACACUUUACGAAAAGAAUCCCGAGCCUCGAGAAGCCGGUGCUGGAAUCAGUCUAAGUACGAAUGCGUGGAAAGUUCUGGACUUGCUUGGGGCGAGUGAUGGGGUGAAGGGAGGAUCCAAGUCUAACACACAUCAAAGAAAUGGCCACACUGGCAAGAUUCUGAGCAUCACCCCGCACCCCGAAAACUCCGAUGCGGAUUCUCGUGGGGCUAUUCGCGCUCGCAGAACACGACUCCAAUCUGCCCUUCUGGAUAAGGUGCCAGAUGGUCUGAUCCAGUUUAAUAAAAAGCUUGUUUCUCUUGAGGAUCGUUCCAAUGGAGGCGUACGCCUGAUAUUCGAUGAUUUGACAGACGCACAUGCAGAUCUAGUCGUCGGUGCAGAUGGUAUACACUCGCUUCGGUUCACUGGAAACACUGCAUUCCGCACGAUUGUGCCCAGGUCACGUCUGGCUCACAUCCCAGAUGUUGCAUCCACGACAGCUUGGUGGUGGGGUGAAGCUGGCCAUGUUUACUUCUCAGAUGUGGAUGAUGAGGGCGAAAGCGAUGAUCCAUUCUUUGAAAUCACCGUGCGAUCUUAUAAGGAGCCUGAGAUCCCGGGGAAGACUGUUGUCUGGGGUAUCCCCGCUACCAAUGAGAAAGUGGCGUCUCGGGUUUUGACAUUUGAUCAGCGAGUACGGGACGCAGUGGAUGUGGUUCAGGAAGGCGAAUGGGGGGAGUUCGCUACAUUUGCUGGACCUCGUUUGGACAGGAUCAUUGGCUGGGAUAAGAUCGCUUUGAUAGGUGAUGCUAGUCACCCACUCUCAGGUGCGUUCGGAUCUGGUGCGACGUUUGCCAUGGAGGAUGGAUGGAUUCUCGCUCGAGCACUCGAGUAUGCACAGUAUUCUUCUCAUCCUGUUAAGGAUGCUCUUGAAAUAUUCAAUGUAAUCAGGUCACCAUACUAUGCCAGAAUGUACGAGCACCUGGAUGAGAUGGGUGCCAAAAUGCAGAAGUUCAAGGAAGAGAACAAAGACUUUGAUCAUUGCUUACAAGCAAAGAUUGACAAUUUCCUUUAUGGUGACAAGGAUUUCAUUUACAAGAACGACAUUGGAAAGGUCUGGGAAGAGUAUGAGGCAUCAUUGCCAGACCGAGCCUAG